AUGGCGGACAAGUAUAAAGGCCUAAUCAAUAAAGAGGGAAUGAAAAUUAUCAACGAGUCGAAUGCGGUUAUUGAUCUAGGCAAGAACGCUACCAAAACCACUCAGAUUGGUGUCGUCUGGGACAAGGAGACCGGCCUCUACGGCGUUAAACUGAGCUACGAGACGAGCCGUCCACCGAUCAACUCGAUCCAUCUCGACAAUGUCCGUUUCGAGAAGCCUUGUGCCAUUCCUCUAUAUGUUUAG